CAUCAUGGAGAGAACUGUGGUGCAAAUCGCUCUCUUUGGGCUGCUGCUGGCUUUGGCCUCUACACUGCCAAACAAGGAUGACUGGGAUGUCUACAGCUUCCACAUCAACUCCACAGUGACCAGUCGUUAUGCCACCACUGUCAUCACAAGCCGUGUGGCCAAUCGUAUGAACGAGUCAAAGGAAAUUGAAUUUCAUGUUCAGAUUCCCAAGAAUGCCUUCAUCAGUAAAUUUCAAAUGUUUAUCGAUGGCCAGGUUUAUGAUGGUGUUGUGAAAGCUAAGGAGCAAGCUCAGCAGCAGUACACUGAAGCUGUGUCUCGUGGUGAAAGUGCUGGACUUGUCAGUUCUGUAGGAAGGACUCUGGAGGAAUUUAAGACCUCUGUAAAUGUGGCUGCUCACAAAAAGGUCACUUUUGAACUCACAUAUGAGGAACUGAUGAAACGCACACAUGGCAAGUACGAGCUGCAAAUUCAUGCUCGACCCAUGCAGCCUGUCAGAGACUUCAAGGUGGAUGUGUACAUUCACGAGGAAGCCGGCAUCAGUUUCAUCAAUGUGAAAGGAGGCCUGAGCACCAAAGACCUCGCUAAUGCCAUUACUAAAACACAUGCAGAUAAACAGGCGUGGGUGUAUUUCUAUCCAACAGUCGACCAACAGAAAAUGUGUGACAGCUGUGGAGAUCAGGGUAUGAAUGGAGAUUUGGUUAUUGUUUAUGACGUUAACAGGGAUAAUGGACUGGGACACAUCAAGAAAUCUGACGGAUACUUUGUUCAUCAUUUUGCUCCAUCUGAUCUUCCUCGGAUACCAAAAAAUGUCGUCUUUGUUAUUGAUCAAAGUGGCUCAAUGGGGGGCAGAAAAAUUGAGCAGACUAGGACCGCAUUAAUCCACAUUCUGAAUGAUCUGGCAGAAGAUGAUCACUUUGGUCUGAUCACUUUUGAUGGCAUAAUUUCUUACUGGAAGCGAGAACUCGUUCAGGCCAACAGCAAAAACCUGGAAAGUGCCAAAAACUUUGCACGCAAUAUUCAACACAGAGGAUCCACAGACAUAAAUAAAGCAGUGGUGCAAGGAGCACGUAUGCUGAAUGCACAUAACAGAGAAGGUUCAGCAUCUAUCCUUAUACUUCUCACAGAUGGAGACCCAACCUCAGGGGUGACAAAUCUGGAGAAAAUCCAGUCAAAUGUAAGACAGGCUAUUGCAGGCAAAUUCCCACUGUACUGUCUUGGUUUUGGUUUUGAUGUUAAUUUUAAUUUCCUUGAGAAAAUGUCGCUGCAAAAUAACGGUGUGGCACGGCGGAUAUAUGAAGACUCUGAUGCUGAUUUACAGCUGAAGGGUUUCUAUGAAGAGGUGGCCACACCUCUACUGACAGAUGUGACAAUGAUCUAUGUUGGUGGGACCAAUCUAACCCAGACUAACUUCAGUCAGUAUUAUAAUGGUUCUGAGAUUGUGGUGGCCGGACAGAUCACAGAUAAUAACAUUGAAACCUUCACCCCUCAAGUUAUGGCCAUUUCGAGUAAUAGAAGAAUAACAUUCUCUAAUCCAAAUGAAAGUGUGGAAUCGACUGGAUCAGUGUCUGAUGACCAUAUCCAGAGGGUUUGGGCAUACCUCACAGUUAAACAGCUUCUAGACAAAGAACUUCAGUUAUCUGGACCGGAGAAAGAGAAAGUAAAGAAGGAGGCUUUGGAGCUGUCACUGAAGUACAGUUUUGUGACUCCUCUCACAUCUAUGGUGGUCACAAAGCCUCCAGGAGAGAACACAGAUGUGCUUCAUAAACCAAAGGAAGGUGAAACACCACAGAGAUGGCAGCCCCUUGUAGGGAAGUCCUCUUCAAGACAAUAUUUGGCUCCUAGUAGUCGCCGUUCAUCUGUCAUGCAACAGCACACCCCCAGAGGAGAGAGAGGAAAGAUUGGACAUUCUGGAGCAGUCAUGCAACAGCACACCCCCAGAGGAGAGAGAGGAGAGAGUGGACAUCCUGGAGCAGUUGUUCUCCCUGAUGUCCAACCUGCUGUUGUUCAUCUUUCACGUGAUACUACUACUCUGGAAUCCACUGAUGUUCCUGUACUCCACAGGUUUUUGCUAAAAGCUGAGAACCAGACUGUUCCACUAUGCUUUGAUGUCAGUGGACCUGUCCGCCUUAAACUUCUUCACUAUCCCAGCAGGGAACUGUCUGUAAAUGGUGAGCUUGAUUCAGUUACAAAUGGAGGCUUCAGCAGAAUUUUCAUACACGUCAAAGACAGCCAACAUGUUGAGAUCGACACCAACUGGGUCACUGUACGAGAUGGACAGACAGUGACAUAUUACACUGGACAGGAUCGCAUUACAGCUGGAAGUGUGACAGUGAUUGUGCGCAACAACGAAAUAGACGUUGCCACUGGAGACAUGCGAAUGGUCAUCAUAGUUCAUGAGAAGAAUGGCCAAAAAUUAUUUUGGCCAGUUUUAAGACGGCGUCCCUCGGACAACAAUGCUGAAGGACUUUUAGCUGUAGAGGCUGCAGUUUAUGAGGAGGUACAGCAAGCUCCUGUCAGAAAACUAAAGAUCAAAAAUCAGGAGGCAGACGUUACUGGGGAGAUGGUUGUUGACUACAGCUUUGCUUCUCCUGUCUCAAUGAACUGUUGGCUCAUGUCUGCUGACUCUGCCCUGCAGAGACCACUGUUCCAGUUUGUCAUUACACAGCUUUAACUGGCAAAUAUGUUGAUUUAUUUGAAAAAUCUUUAAUUUAAAAGGAAAACAAGGCAAAAACAUAUAUUGUGGAAACUUUCUUUCCAUCUGUUUCCAACAUGUAGAAAUAUAACUGUGAAUGUGGAUCUAGUGUCAGACAGCAUUACCAAUUAAAAAUAACAUACAUAAAUCAGGAUUUAUGAUUACCACCAUCUGCCAUUAACAUAGCGUCCAAAAUGACACAAAUGCAGUUGAGAUGACAAUAAUAGGCAUACUUCUACACCUUUAUUUUUUAAAUACGUUGAAAAAUGUAAAUUUUUGUAAAUUUUAACUACAGUAAUCAUAUUGUUAUAGCUAAAUGUUAAUCAGCUUUGCUGGCUGAUCUGGAAGAGAGUUGGAUUGUAGAAGGUUUGCUUAUAAAUAACAAUUUCAAAUAUUUCUGAAUCCUGGUUAAGUACCAGAACAUUGAGAGAGGAAACUUUUUAAAACAUCUCUUCUGUUUUGUCUUUAGCCUCAAACUGCAAAUGACAUGUAAUGAGGCUGACUUGAUUCAAGGAUCUCUGACAAAUAUAAUGCUGUUAUUUUUCUUGCAUAAUUUCAUGACUUCCUCAGAACAGUUUAUGGAAUGGAUAUCAAGCGAAUGAAUAAAGAAUCCAAACUAUUCCCUAA